CUUUUAUCAAUGCAAUUAACUAGCAGGCACAUCCAUCAAACAUCCACAAAGACACCUAUUAACAAGUUCUUUUGACUCGCUAUAAUUGUCAAAACCUGUCUAUUGUGUCUGCGGCCUACAAAUCUCGUUUUCAAUGCACUGUGGACCAGCUCAAUAGUACAGCUUGACCACGGUUGCAUAAGAGCCCGAGCGCAAGUCUCGAAGGGUGCGCACGGCCCAGUCAUGUCUUACAUGCCCAGAAAUGUACGCGAAACAGUCGAGAGGAAUGAGAUGUACGCAAGGCUACAAAAGCAGAACAAAGAGGAGCUGAGGACGGCCAUCAUUGCGCAAUGGACGGAAAGGGACCUUCAACGGCCCCCACCGUCCACCGGGCUCACAAAGGCCUCGAUAACACUUGCAGGUACCAGCUCAGACCGCGACGCGGGAAUCAAGUCGGGCGUUCAGACGGUAAAGGCGGCCCGGCAGGCGCGGUUACGGGAGCUGUUCGAACGAGAGGCUCUCAUGUACGAGAAGGAGCUCAACGCCCGCGGGCUCAGCCUGGUGAAGCCUCGGGACUAGUCAGGCGUGGCAAAAGCAGUAACAGGCACUGAUGCGCACUGAAUGACGCCGGAAGUGCUUGGGUAACGUAUUUGGGGUGCGGGAUUGGGGGAAUCGGACGAGCUGGGGGGGGGCAUGGGUGUGGAGCGGAUGGCCAGCGGUGGCGCGACGUGUGCACCGCCAUACAGUAACAUAACAGCUCCCAUUCAUCUAUCGGAACAGGGUGGUCAGGAAUUCAAUGGACACAGUGGUGGCGGUGGUGGUGUCCGUGCAAGGCGCCCCGUUAGGAACGGCUGCAGCGUGCGGUGAUGCGAGCAGCAGCUUUCAUGGUUGUGUGCCAUUGUGUUUAGGCGCAGUGGGCAAUUUGGGCAUAGUGAUGCGAGUGCGCGUACUGCGUAGGCCUUGGCAACGAAUGGGUUGAAGGCGAGGCCAUGGAAGCUCAAUGCCUGGAUAAGCUUAGGAUGGUGUCCGGUGGAGAACUUUGUAACUUGUAUUCUUGUAACCUGCUGUGCGU